AUGCACUUCGCAAAGACCUUCAUCCUGCUGGCCGCAGCCCUGGCCCCCGCCCUCGCCGCAGAGGCCGCAACCCCAUCCUGCGUCACUCAAACCCUCACCCUGGUUCCGUCGGACUAUGUGACUCCCACCUCAACCCCGACCCCGACCCCAUCCUCGACCUCAACCGUCACCCCGAGCUCGACCAGCACUCCCGCGCCUACAAGCACCCCUCUCUCCAGCAGCAGCUUCAGCCACGCCCCCAGCUCAACCCCCCUGAUCAAGUCCACCUCUAUUAUCGUCAAGCCGAAUACCGCGACCGGAGCCGCGACUGCGACUGCGUCGCCUGCGAACGCCGCCUCCUCACUGCAGGUCUCUGGCUUUGCUGGUGUUUUGGCUGUCGCGGGUUUGUUGAUGGUUUAA